CUCUCUCUCUUCCUCUUUUAUUUCUCUCUCUCUCUCUCUCCCUUCUCUCUCUCUCUCACACUUCUUCUCAUCUGAAGAGAGAUGGGUUGCUUUCCUUGCUUUCAAAAGAAGGAUCAGGUCGCUCAAUCUUCAGAGGAGAAACCGAAGCCAGCCCCAUCAUCAGAACCAAAGAAGCAGAACUCAGGGAAUGUGAAGAAGGACAACUCAAAGGAAAACUCAAAUAGAGGUUCUGAGCACAUUGCUGCCCAGACUUUUACUUUUCGUGAACUCGCUACAGCUACCGGCAAUUUCAGAGCCGAUUGUCUUGUCGGAGAGGGAGGAUUCGGUCGAGUUUAUAAGGGAAAAUUAGAGAGUAUCAACCAGGUAGUAGCUAUCAAGCAGCUCGAUCGCAAUGGCUUGCAAGGAAACAGGGAAUUCCUUGUCGAAGUGCUAAUGUUGAGUCUACUCCAUCACCCUAAUCUUGUUAAUCUAAUUGGUUAUUGUGCCGAUGGAGAUCAAAGGCUCCUAGUCUAUGAAUACAUGCCACUAGGAUCACUAGAAGACCAUCUCCAUGAUCUUGGUUCAGAUAGGAGGCGGCUUGACUGGAACACAAGAAUGAAAAUAGCUGCCGGUGCAGCUAAAGGAUUGGAAUAUUUGCAUGAUAAAGCAAACCCUCCGGUUAUAUAUCGUGAUUUAAAAUGCUCUAACAUUUUGCUUGGAGAGGGAUUUCACCCCAAGUUAUCUGAUUUUGGAUUGGCAAAGCUUGGUCCUGUCGGUGAUAAGACUCAUGUUUCCACACGAGUGAUGGGUACUUACGGAUAUUGUGCACCUGAAUAUGCUAUGACGGGACAAUUGACGCUAAAAUCAGAUGUAUAUAGCUUUGGGGUUGUUCUUCUUGAGAUCAUCACUGGAAGAAAGGCGAUUGACAAUUCAAGAUCCGGUCCAGAGCACAACUUAGUUGCAUGGGCUCGACCUCUUUUCAAGGAUAGGAGAAAGUUCCCUCAAAUGGCUGAUCCAAUGCUUCAAGGGCAAUACCCUUCAAGGGCCCUAUAUCAAGCACUUGCUGUAGCUGCAAUGUGUGUUCAAGAGCAACCUUCAAUGCGUCCUCUUAUAGCUGAUGUGGUCACUGCGCUCAGUUACCUUGCGUCACAAAAUUACAAUCCCAAUAACCGAACAUUUCAAAACUCUUCUCAUUCUCCUCGAACAAAAAGAGAUAGCGAAAACAAGCGAAGGAUCUGAGAGUAUACGAGAAAAUUAUCAGAAUUUUAUUCCAUAAUUUCGAGAGAAAAAGUGCACAAUGCUCUGACUGAUGCCCACACUGUUUUAGGAAAAGUUGCACUUUUUGGUUGAUGUACAUGUGAUUUUGGGUCCCUGUUUUUAUUUGCAUUUUGUUAGAGAGGAUGUUGUUUUUAUUACUAUCACAUUUUCAAGAGAAGUAAUGGGUGGGUCAUGUACAAAUUUUUUUCUGCUUUUUCACAGUGUCUCAAACUUUGUUUCAUAAAUUUUAGUAUGGGUAUCAUUCGGUUUCCUAUCAAUAUCCAAUUUUAGUAUGGGUAUCAUUCAGUUUCC